AUGUCGCCGCCGGUGGCGGCGGCGGCCGCCGCGUCGGCAAUCAUCUCCUCCACCGUCCGCCCCACCAGCGGCACGCACAACAGCGUCAUCUCCGCCUCCGGAGUCUGCUACUCCUCCCUUUCAAAUGGCUCGCCCUCGCAGUUGACCCGACUGAGGAUGCGGGAUGCGGAUGUGGUCAAUCGGCAAUGGCCGCGGCCGGGGACAGUCUGCUGGCGAGGGAAGGGCAAGUGGAGGACGAGGGUUGUUGGCAAGGCUGUGAAGACUGGAAAUGGGAGCGAGGCGGGGUAG